AUGGCUAUGUCAACUGGUUUGAGGAGGUGUGGAAGAAGAUUGGUUGCUUCUGUUUGUAAUAAUAGGGAAGUCUCAUUCUCAACAACCUGUCAAGGCAACAACGUUAUUCAACAACUCCAGCAUGGACAAUUACAAGAAACUGGGAAAUCAUUGAAUCUUUGCUCUGCCAUCAAUCAAGCUCUCCAUAUCGCCUUGGAAACCGAUCCUCGCUCGUAUGUGUUUGGGGAAGAUGUGAGCUUUGGUGGGGUAUUUCGGUGCACAGCAGGACUAGCUGAAAAAUUUGGUAAAAAAAGAGUUUUCAACACACCUCUUUGUGAACAGGGCAUUGUUGGAUUUGGCAUAGGCCUGGCAGCAAUGGACAAUCGUGCUAUAGUAGAAAUUCAGUUUGCAGAUUAUAUCUUUCCUGCUUUUGAUCAGAUUGUUAAUGAGGCUGCAAAGUUUAGAUAUCGGAGUGGAAAUCAAUUUAAUUGUGGAGGUUUAACCAUAAGAACACCAUACGGAGCUGUGGGCCAUGGUGGACAUUAUCACUCUCAAUCCCCUGAAGCUUUCUUUUGUCAUGUUCCGGGCAUCAAAGUGGUUGUUCCACGAAGCCCAAGGGAAGCAAAAGGAUUAUUACUGUCAUCUAUACGUGAUCAAAACCCUGUAAUCUUUUUUGAACCAAAGUGGCUUUAUCGUUUGGCAGUAGAAGAGGUUCCUGAGCAUGAUUAUAUGUUGCCUUUGUCAGAGGCAGAGGUGAUCCAAGAGGGCAGUGACAUAACACUAGUUGGUUGGGGAGCACAACUGUCUGUCAUGGAGCAGGCCUGUUUCGAUGCUGAGAAGGAGGGAAUUUCUUGUGAACUGAUAGAUCUCAAAACUCUAAUGCCCUGGGACAAAGAAACAGUAGAAGCAUCUGUGAGAAAGACUGGAAGACUUCUUAUAAGUCACGAAGCUCCAGUUACUGGAGGUUUUGGUGCUGAAAUUUCUGCAUCUAUUGUUGAACGUUGCUUCCUAAGGUUAGAAGCCCCUGUAGCCAGAAUUUGUGGCCUGGACACACCCUUCCCUCUUGUUUUUGAACCCUUUUAUGUACCAAACAAGAACAAGAUACUGGACGCAAUCAAAUCAACAGUAAAUUACUAG